AUGUCCCUAUUAACCAAACUCAAACUGAAACGGCAGUCCGACUCCGUCAUAGUCCACUUUGACUACGACUGCUUUUACGCCAGCGUAUUUGAACAUGAGAACCCGGCAUUACGAAGCUUGCCACUGGCUGUGCAGCAAAAACAGAUUAUCGUCACAUGCAACUAUGAGGCCCGCCGACGAGGCUUGCACAAGUUGCAGCUGAUCCACCAAGCCAAGAAAGUCUGUCCAGAUGUAGUCAUCGUCCUCGGUGAGGAUCUUACUCGAUUUCGGAAUGCUUCCAAACAACUAUACACGUUUUUGCGAUCCUUUUCCUGGAACUCACGUGUAGAGAGGCUAGGCUUUGAUGAGGUCUUCCUGGACGUGACCGACAUAAUCGAUUACAACAUCAGCAUCCUCAACCACAACGAUCUGACAAACGCCUUCUUCUGUCUCGCAAAGGAAGAUCCCACAAGGGGCUUUCCUUACGAUGCGACAAGGCUUACGGGCCAUUUGUAUCCCAAAGCGGCGAAUUAUGACUUAGACACGGGCUAUACAGCUACUGUUGGCAUUUCUACCAACAAGCUUUUAGCUAAGCUUGUAGGCAAUACACAUAAGCCUGAUGCUCAAACCACACUCCUCCCGUCGUAUACCGAGGACGGGAAUGUGGGUGUGAGUGUCGAUAACGUAACCACCUUCAUCGACGACCACGAAGUCGGCAAAAUCCCCGGCAUCGGCUUCAAAUUAGCACAGAAACUCCGUGCUCACGUCUUACAACGACCUGCGGAAUUUGAUGCUGGACUUGUGUAUGGUGGCACCAAAGAAUCUGUUCUUGUCCGCGAUGUAAGGACGUUUCCUGGUAUGGGUCCCGAGUCGCUUGAACGGUUACUUGGCGGUCCAGGUGUACCACAUGGUACCCGUUCACGCAUCUGGGGUCUACUAAAUGGAUGUGAUGAUAAGCAAGUUGGACAGGCGAGAGAGAUACCUCGCCAGGUUAGUAUCGAGGAUAGUUAUAUGCGUUUGGAUACUUUGGAGCAGGUGACUAAGGAGCUGAGGAUGCUUGCGAGGAGAUUACUCGAGAGGAUGCAUACGGAUCUACUGGAAGAAGACGAUGAUGCAGAAGAUCAAAAUACAGGCUCAUACACCUCGAGACCAAUGAAGCGGUGGCUAGCCCAUCCUAAAACCCUCCGCUUGUCAACUCGGCCACGCCCACCCCAGAAUCCAGAUGGAAGCCGCAAUCGGUCUUUUGCUCGGAUAUCAAAGUCCGCGCCCAUGCCCACAUUUGUCUUCAACCUCAACGCGGCUACAACCACCGACGCCAUCGUUGACAAGCUACUUACCGAGGCAUUGCUGCCUUUGUUCCGCAAACUCCACCCAGAGAAACGAGGGUGGAACUUGAGCCUCGUCAACGUUGCUGCGACCAACAUGACAGAUGCAGCGAGCGAGAAAGGCGGUAUCGGACGGGACAUUAGCAAAAUGUUCAAGCGCCAGGAUGAGGUGCUCAAACAAUGGAGAGUGCGAGGAGAUGUAAUGAUGGACGAUUGCGAUGGGAGUAAACGAGAAGAAGAAGAAGAAGAACACUUGUCCCAAGAGCCCUGGCUAGCAGAAUGGAAACGCGAACUCGCAGAAGACAACGCCGUCCUACAAAGACAUGGCUCUGAAGACUUCCCCACGGCGUCACAAGACGUGGAAGCUACUGUCAGUGAUGUCUGGGAGGCAGAAGACGACGAUGAUAUGAUGGAUGCGGAGGACUCGUUUCGGUGCGAAGAAUGUGGAGCAGUCAUGCCGAUGUUUGCGUUGGGUGCACACUAUCGAUGGCAUGAGCACAUGUAG